CUGAUAUAAAUACCACCAGCAUAACUUCAUUCAUUACACUUGUCAGCGGGUGAUUGACAAAAUGCGCGUCUUCGUUUUCUUGGCCCUUUGCUUCGCUGCCGUCGUAGCUGUCCCAUCCAAUCCCCAAAGGAUUGUGGGCGGUUCGGUGACCACCAUUGAUCGGUACCCUACCAUCGCCUCUCUGUUGUACUCAUGGAACUUAAGUCAAUACUGGCAGGCAUGCGGUGGUACCAUCUUGAACAACCGUGCUAUCCUUACCGCUGCUCACUGCACUCAUGGUGACGCGGUCAACAGAUGGAGAAUCCGUUUAGGUUCUACUUGGGCCAACAGUGGAGGUGUUGUUCACAACGUCAACGCUAACAUCGUCCACGGUUCAUACAACUCCAGAACUUUGGACAACGACAUCGCUAUCCUCCGCUCCGCCUCCUCCUUCUCCUUUAACAACAAUGUCCGCGCUGCCUCCAUUGCUGGUGCCAACUACAACGUCGCUGACAACCAGGCUGUCUGGGCUGCUGGUUGGGGAACUACCUCUUCUGGUGCCAGCUCCGGCUCCGAGCAGCUCCGCCACGUGCAGCUGCAGAUCAUCAACCAGAACACUUGCAGAAACAACUACGCUACCCGCGGAAUCACUAUCACUGCCAACAUGUUGUGUUCUGGCUGGCCCUCUGGUGGUCGUGACCAGUGCCAGGGUGACUCUGGUGGUCCUUUGUACCACAACAACGUCGUUGUUGGUGUCUGCUCUUUCGGUAUUGGAUGUGGUCAGGCUAACUUCCCUGGUGUCAACGCUCGCGUGUCCCGCUACGCAUCUUGGAUCUCCUCCAACUCAUAAAAAGGCAUUUUUACUCAGUUUACUAAGAAAAUUAAUGUUUUUAAUUAAGUAAACUGGAGCAGUGUCCUCUUGUGUUCUAUUUUACUUUUCAAUAAACGUUUGUUGCCAU